AUGAAACACCUUUUCCGAUUGCCUUUGAAUGUCCCGAAAAUGGUUCGAAUCACCCGCCCAGCCGCAACUUUGCUGAAGGCACAACAACACCCAGCGUGUUUGCUGUCGUCCAUCCAGGGAGACAGCAUCUGCAACGGAUCGCAAAGCAAGAAGGCGCUGCUCUCGGACCCGGGGCUGUUCGAUGCCCAGUUCGAGGAGUUGGUGCAGGAGCUGACGGAGCAGGAUCUCACCGACCCAGUUCUCCUCGACGCCCUGAACCGGCUUAAAGAGGUUUUGAUCUACAAUGCCCCCGGAGGUAAAAGGAACCGCGGCCUGUCAGUGAUUGGUUCCUUGCGGGAACUCGUCCCGCCGACUUUGCUCACCCAGGACGACGUGCAGCGGGCUCUAGUGGUUGGAUGGUGUAUUGAAUUGCUUCAGGCCUUCUUCCUUGUCGUCGAUGACAUCAUGGAUGCAUCAGUAACCCGCAGAGGCCAGCCCUGCUGGUACAAAAAGGAGGGCAUUGGCUUAGAUGCCAUCAAUGAUGCCUUCCUCUUGGAGAGCUCCAUUUACAGGCUGCUCCGCAGACACUGCAGGAAUCAGCCUUACUAUGUACACCUACUAGAGCUAUUCAAUGAGACCUCCUUCCAGACAGAACUAGGCCAAGCUCUCGACCUCAUGACAGCACCCCCUGGCCACAUUGACCUCAACAGAUUCACCAUGGAGAGGUACAAAGCUAUUGUGAAAUAUAAGACUGCUUUCUACUCCUUCUACCUGCCGGUGGCAGCAGCGAUGUAUAUGGCUGGAAUCAAGGAUGAAAAAGAGCACCAAAACGCCAAACUCAUCUUGCUUGAGAUGGGAGAAUUCUUCCAAAUACAGGACGACUACCUCGACUGUUACGGAGACCCCGCUGUGACAGGAAAGGUUGGUACGGAUAUCCAAGAUAAUAAGUGCAGUUGGCUUGUCGUCACGGCGAUGGAGGUCCUGACUCCUGAACAGAAAGCAGUGUUAGAGGCUUGUUACGGGCGCCACAACGAGGGCAGCGUGGAAAAGGUCAAAGCGCUAUACAACACCUUACAGAUGCCAAACCUAUAUCACAAGUAUGAAGAGGAGAGUUAUCAGCGGUUGCAGAAGCUCAUCACACGUCACGCUCAGAACCUCCCUCACGCUGUGUUCCUCAACUUUGCCAAAAAGAUUUACAAGAGGAACAAGUGA